AAAGGCAAAGCCUGCAAGAACUUGGAACACUACAAUGGAAGAGCCAUUUCUUCUAAGAGAGGAGGAGUUAGUUCCCGUUAAAACGACAUGGCAAAGAGGUCAGCUUACCGACGAGCUAAAGAAAGUGGGCCGCUUAGCUGCUCCUAUGGCCACCGUGACCAUUGCUCAAUACCUAUUGCCUGUCAUAUCAGUUAUGAUCGCCGGCCACAAAGGCGUUCAGCUCUCCGGCGUCGCUCUUGCCACCUCCUUCACAAAUGUCUCCGGUUUCAGUAUUAUGGUAAUAACUAUUGGGGCAUUGGACACCCUUUGUGGUCAAGCUUAUGGAGCCAAAGAAUACGAGAAACUCGGAACGUACACAUACUCUGCCAUUGCCUCCAAUAUCCCAAUCUGUAUCCUCAUAUCAAUUAUUUGGAUUUACAUGGACAAGCUCUUGAUCUCUCUUGGACAAGACCCUGACAUCUCCAGAGUCGCUGGCUCCUACGCCUUUUGGCUCAUACCGGCUUUGUUCGGACAUGCUAUUGUUAUACCAGUAACUCGGUUUCUGCUGACGCAAGGGUUGGUUGUUCCUCUUCUCUACUGUGCCCUAACCACCCUUUUGUUCCACAUCCCGGUUUGCUGGAGUUUGGUUUCCGUGUUUGGUCUUGGAAGCAAUGGAGCUGCUUUGGCUAUGAGUGUGUCUUUCUGGUUUUACGCUGUGAUACUCGCAUGCUACGUGAGAUUCUCCACCUCUUGUGAGAAGACUCGCUCCUUUGUAUCCGAUGAUUUCGUGUCUUGUGUCAAACAGUUCUUCCAUUUCGGGGUCCCAUCAGCAGCAAUGGUGUGCCUAGAAUGGUGGCUAUUUGAGCUGCUCAUACUCUCCUCAGGACUACUCCCAAACCCUAAACUCGAGACCUCUGUGCUUUCAAUAUGCCUUACAACAGGAACUUUGCAUUAUGUAAUUUCAUCUGGAAUUGCGGCAGGUGUGAGCACACGCGUGUCAAACAAUUUGGGAGCUGGGAGUCCUGAAGUUGCUAGGGUAUCAGUAAUGGCAGGGCUUUGUUUCUGGCUGAUGGAGUCAGUUUUCUUUAGCACACUUCUUUUCACCUGCCGGAAUAUCGUAGGCUACGCAUUCAGCAACAGCAACGAAGUAGUGGACUAUGUUGCGGAGCUAUCUCCUCUGCUGUGUCUUUCCUUCAUUCUCGAUGGAUUUACUGCAGUUCUUAACGGUGUUGCUAGGGGAAGUGGGUGGCAACACAUUGGAGCUUGGAACAACGUGGUGGCCUAUUAUCUCGUAGGAGCUCCGGUUGGACUGUACUUAGCUUUCAGACGUGGGUUUAACGGGAAAGGAUUGUGGUGCGGUGUUGUGGUUGGAUCAGCUGUGCAAGCAACUAUUCUGGCUAUAGUCACAUCUUCCAUGAAUUGGAAGGAACAGGCUGAGAAGGCAAGGAAGAGAAUAAUCUCUACUGAAAAUGGAUUAGCAUAACGAAGAAUGUUUCUAAAUUAAUUACUACACUAGAUUUUGAC